AUGGACGUGCUCUCAAUCUCAUCCCCGAUAUUCCUUCACACCCCUACUUCCAAGCUCUCUCACAGCUCUCGCUCCAAACCCAUCUCCCACUUUCCCUCUUCUUCUUCGAAAUUCCCCACAAUUAAGUCUCUUUCUGUCCAAACCCCAAAACCCACUUUCACCUCCAAGUCACAAGCACUUGACGGCUCGCUCCUGAUUUCCUCAGCUCCUCAGACGCCUGCUACAGCCAUGAGAGGCGCCGAGGGCGACGCCAUGGGGCUUUUGCUCAGGGAAAGGAUUGUCUUUUUGGGCAGUAGCAUUGACGACUUUGUGGCCGACGCUAUUAUUAGCCAGCUGCUUUUGUUGGAUGCCCAGGACUCCAAAAAGGAUAUCAAGCUCUUCAUUAACUCCACUGGCGGCUCUCUCAGUGCUACAAUGGCUAUUUAUGAUGUCGUUCAGCUUGUGAGGGCUGAUGUCUCCACAGUUGCACUUGGCAUUGCAGCAUCAACAGCUUCUAUAAUCCUUGGUGGUGGCACCAAAGGCAAGCGUUUUGCAAUGCCCAAUACACGGAUUAUGAUUCAUCAACCUCUUGGAGGUGCUAGUGGCCAGGCAAUAGAUGUGGAAAUUCAAGCUCGAGAAGUCAUGCAUAAUAAAAACAAUGUCACAAGAAUUUUUUCAAAUUCCACUGGUCGCCCAUUUGAACAAGUCCAAAAGGAUAUUGACAGGGAUCGCUAUAUGUCUCCCAUAGAAGCAGUUGAAUAUGGAAUAAUCGAUGGAGUUAUUGACGGAGAUAGCAUUAUUCCUCUGGUGCCUGUCCCAGACAAGGUGAAGCCGAGAAUGAGUUAUGAGGAAAUUAGUAAAGAUCCAAUGAAAUUUUUGACACCAGAUGUCCCUGAUGAUGAGAUAUAUUAG